CAGCACGUGAAGGAAGGAGCCGCGCCGAAAUCAGAAGCGAUCAGAGCAGAGCAGAGAGAAACGUUGUUUUCGUUGCAGUGUCGAAAAGGAAAUAAAUCGGGUUUAUAGAUAUUAUACACAAUAUACAAGAAGUAGGAAGCAAAUAGGAAGAUGUUGUCCGCCGCACGUGUACUCAGCCGCAAGGCAUUGGACUGCUCCAAAGUGGGAAACAGAAACUUUUCGCAAUUGAUGAAAAACGCCAACUCUUCUGUGUACGCCGCCAACGCUAAAUAUGAACAAAUCAGAUUCAAGUCGGAGGGUGUCAAGGGUGCCGUCAUCGGUAUCGAUUUGGGAACGACGAAUUCUUGCGUGGCCGUCAUGGAAGGCAAACAGGCGAAAGUCAUCGAGAACUCUGAGGGCUCCAGGACGACCCCGUCCAUCGUGGCGUUCAGCAAGGACGGAGAACGUCUGGUCGGUAUGCCGGCCAAGCGUCAAGCGGUUACCAACUCUUCGAACACCUUCUAUGCCACGAAACGUCUGAUCGGCAGACGCUUCGAUGAUGCCGAGAUCAAGAAGGACAUGGACAACAUCUCGUACAAGAUCGUGCGCGCUUCCAACGGAGAUGCCUGGGUGCAGGCAACCGACGGAAAGAUGUACUCGCCCAGUCAGAUCGGAGCGUUCGUGCUCAUCAAGAUGAAGGAGACGGCCGAGCAAUAUCUCAACGUAAAGGUGAAGAACGCCGUCGUGACGGUGCCAGCCUACUUCAACGAUUCCCAACGUCAGGCCACCAAGGAUGCCGGACAGAUCUCCGGUCUGAACGUGCUGAGAGUGAUCAACGAACCGACCGCUGCCGCCCUCGCCUACGGCAUGGACAAAACCGAAGAUAAAAUUAUCGCGGUUUACGAUUUGGGCGGUGGAACUUUCGAUAUUUCCAUCCUCGAGAUUCAGAAGGGAGUCUUCGAGGUCAAGUCGACCAACGGAGACACGUUCUUGGGAGGCGAAGACUUUGACAACGUGCUCGUCAACCAUCUGGUUUCCGAGUUCAAGAAGGAGCAAGGAUUGGACGUCACCAAGGACCCGAUGGCCAUGCAGCGUUUGAAGGAGGCCAGCGAGAAGGCAAAGAUCGAACUCUCGUCCUCCCUGCAAACCGAUGUCAACCUGCCGUACCUGACGAUGGACGCAUCCGGACCGAAGCACAUGAACCUGAAACUGAGUCGCGCCAAGUUCGAGAGUCUCGUCGGCGAUCUGAUCAAACGCACCAUCUCGCCCUGCCAGAAAGCGCUCAAGGACGCCGAAGUCGCCAAGUCCGAGGUCGGAGAGGUCCUCUUGGUCGGUGGUAUGAGCCGCAUGCCCAAGGUACAGUCGACCGUGCAGGAGGUCUUCGGCAAGCAACCGAGUCGCGCCGUCAACCCCGAUGAGGCUGUCGCCGUCGGAGCUGCCGUCCAAGGUGGCGUACUCGCCGGAGACGUCACCGACGUCCUCCUUUUGGACGUGACCCCGUUGUCGCUCGGUAUCGAGACCUUGGGUGGAGUCUUCACCAGGCUCAUCGGCAGGAACACCACCAUCCCGACCAAGAAGAGUCAGGUGUUCUCGACCGCCGCCGACGGUCAGACCCAGGUGGAGAUCAAGGUUCACCAGGGAGAGCGCGAGAUGGCAGCCGACAACAAGCUGCUGGGACAGUUCACAUUGGUCGGUAUGCCACCAGCGCCUAGGGGAGUGCCCCAGAUCGAGGUGACGUUCGACAUCGACGCCAACGGCAUCGUGCACGUCUCCGCCAGGGACAAGGGAACCGGCAAGGAACAACAGAUCGUCAUCCAAUCGUCCGGUGGUCUGAGCAAGGACGAAAUCGAGAACAUGGUCAAGAACGCCGAGCAGUACGCCCAAGCCGAUAAGGUAAAGAAGGACCGCGUCGAGGCCGUCAACCAGGCGGAGGGUAUCGUCCACGACACCGAGACCAAGAUGGACGAGUACAAGGAUCAAUUGCCCAAGGAGGAAUGCGAGAAGUUGAAGGAAGAGAUCGCCAAGGUGCGUGAGAUGCUCGCCAAGAAGGACGAGAUGGACCCUGAGGAGAUUCGCAAGAGCAUCAGCACGCUGCAACAAUCCUCCCUGAAACUCUUCGAGAUGGCCUACAAGAAGAUGGCAGCAGACAGGGAGAGCAGCGGAAACGCGAGCGGCGAACAGACGACGACGGAGGAACCGCCCAAAGAGAAGAAGGAGGACAAGAAUUAAAAAAAGUGUGCGCGUGAGCCUAUAAAAUAAUGGUAUGGUUAAAUUACCGAACAGACUGGUUACAUUUACUGCUAUUUUUUUUUUGUUUUUUUUUAAAUAAAUUUAGUUUCUUACGUUGUUUUCUGUUGUGGCCGAACAAGCAAGGGAGCGUAUGGAGGAGGAGUUGCUGAUUGGGAUGAGAGGCGGGGCACCAUUUAUUAUUACCAGUGCAAACCCCGCCCAUUCCACCAAGCGCGCCUCCCCUUCUCUUAUCUAAAUGUAUAUAAUAUAUCGGAAGAGUCAGUAGUAGUACUAAAUAGUAGUGAAUGAGAAACAAUGCAUAUAUGUACUAGUAGUGAAUAGAAAUAGAGAGGAAAUACAACACCUACCAACAGCCUAGCCCCC